CCUAGCACACGACGCCCGCUCGGUUCUGUGUCGCCCAUGGCAACCAGAAUUGGGCACCUCGCGAUCUGUCGCAAGGGUUAACAGUUCCGUCUCGCCGUGGAAGGGUUAAUCUCAGGUAGUUUGUUGAUUUUAACGCUCGUCGCGGGGAUGUCUAGUAGCUGAUCGCGUUAGGAGCGGAUUUGGUUUUGGUGGGAUUUAAUUCCUGGGGACUCUAUAAGCCGUGAAUACAGCUGGGGACCACAGCUGGGGACCACGGCUAGGGACUAGAACGGAUUCUAUUUUCUUAUAACAACAACCAACAUACCAGCUUCAUUCCUAAUCGUCAAGUCAUGUCCCAGGUUGCCAACCAAAGACCCCCCAGCCAGAUGAAGGUGGGCGUCACCCUACCGGAGAUCAAACAUCCCCUCAGUCAGAUGGGUGACCUUGACCUUGGGGCCAUGGACGUGAGGGGUGUGUCCAGAGGCGGCAUCCCACGCCCGACCAUCAGGUCAUCCUACUCGGGCAGGCCGCUGGUCAGUGAGGAGACGCCGGCAGUACGGAAAAGUUUCAGUGCGACCGGCCGAGAGAGCAGGACGAGCCGGGCCAGCCAGAGGAACAAGGAGAACAGGGCCAACCCUCUGACUGUCAGCAUACCCGAGGGGGUGGAGGUCAAGCUAGGGGACCCAAACGCCACACGACUUCCGGUUUUUGGGAGCCGGGCCAGCGUGUCAGAGAAAGAUGGCGUCAGCAGGGUCUCCAGCCGUAUGUCACGUGCUUCCGGUCAGGCGAGAUUGGAGAUAGACGAGCUGGAAGCUUGUCUGAAAGACAAGAUGAAGACGGGCUACUACGAGGUCAGGAAGAAGUUCAAGGACAAUGACCCCGAGGGACGCGGGAACGUCACCAGGGAGGCGCUAACAAGGAUCCUGGUCACUCUCCUGGGUCGUUCUCUGACGUCACAACAAACCCAACGUCUGCUGGACCGUUUGGGCUUCUCAGAGAGACAAAUCAUACCUUUCACUGAGUUCUUUGCCUACUUCAGACACGCCUCUGAGUCGUCCUACCCCCUGUGGAUGGACCCCGUACAGAGGGGCGGGCAGCAGGACAGGGUCAUCAUGGGCAGCAUCCAGGUACACGCCCACCUGAGGGAGAAGGCCAGACAGAGGUUCCUGAGUCUGGCUGACAUGAUCCCACAGAUGAACCCCGGGGGGUCGGGCAUCGUGACGAGGGCAGAGUUCAGGCAGAUGCUCAACUCUAUGAGCUUUUACAUGGACGAGGCGGAGUUUGAUAAGCUCUGGCUCAGGUAUGACCCGGCCAAUGAAGGGGUCAUCACGGGUCAGCGACUGCUGAAUGUGCUGGGGAUUGAGUGGAGGAGGACGUCAGGGGACCCCGGGCACCGCUCGCUGCCAGAACACGUCAACAACAGGGACACAGUCUCAGCUGGCACUUCCGAGCGGGAAUCUCCGGGCAAACGAACGCCGAGGAAAAAAGAGAUAGAAAGACAGCAGCAGUUGAACAUUGAGAACUGGCUCAAGAACAAGUUCAGGGAGGGAUUCUUCAACAUGAGGGAGGCGUUUGAGGAUAAGGACCCGGAGAGGAAGGGGCUGGUCAGCUUCGAUGACUUCAUCGAUGUCCUGACCAGCUUCGGCCUGAAGCUGGAGAAGAACCUGCUCUCGGCGUUCCUCAGCCGGUGCUCAGUGAAGCCGGUUCCGGCUGGUGUGCCGUACCGUGAGUUCCUGCACCGGUUCCAGGACAGGGGGGAGAGUGGCAUCACACACAAUGUGCUGACUGACGUCAAACACAGGUUUAACAACAGAUCCAAAAGUCCUGAGGCCGACUCGACACUUAGCGCUAUGGAGACCCAGCUCACGACAAUGUUUCAGCGUGACUUUCUGGCAUUGUUGGGCAUGUUUAGAAAAAUUGACCACCUCGGUACAGACGUGAUCAGCCAGGAAGAGUUCAGGGCGGCCAUCGAGUCCAGGUUCAGCUGGGAGCUGACGGACGAGCAGUUUACGGCUUUCAUUGACCGGCUCCCGCUAGACGAGGACGGGAAUGUCAUGUACACCAAGUUCAUGCAGCAGUUUGAUGCCAGGGGUCAAGCGCCCAGCCUAUUCGGACCACGGCCCACAGUUCCAGAGAAGAUCGUCCUUGAGCCAGUCGAGAACACACAGGGUGACCUUGGCAGUGGAGGGGAGGGGGUGGUGGGGCAGAUGCCAAAACACAGGACAAGCCAAGAACUUUUCAAGCUGAUCAAAGACCUGAUGAGUCGACGGUUCCAGGAAGUUGAGCAGACGUUCUACAAGCUUGACGAGACCAACACCAGACGACUGAGUCAGGAGACGAUGUACCAGCUGCUGCAUGGGUUCGACAUCAAGCCCGAGAUAUCUCGUGGUGAGAUACGAGAUUUGUGGCGCACGUUCAUCACAAACUCGGACAAGACGCUGGACUAUCUACAGUUUGUCCGCCACUUCGGGUUUUCCCUGAGGUCCGCCGCCUUCCCUAACGCCAAGAUCGUGCCACCCAGGCGAGGGGACGCGGACUUCAUGAUAAGGUCAAGGAAACUCAACUGUGCUGCAGACAUGCUACAAGACAACCUAAGGUCAAAGGUGGACUACCUGUGGGACGACCUGAGGCUGGAGUUCACCAACAUGGACCCCUACAACACCGGCUACGUCACCAAGGAGGAGUUCAGGGAGGUCCUCACGGAGCUGUGCGUCAACCUCAGCAACGUGGAGCUCGAACAGCUGAUUGGCAAGUUUCAGGUCAAGGACGAUGGCAGAGUGUCCUACCUGGAGUUCCUGAGACCGUUCGCCCUGAGGAAGCAGGUCUGGCGCCAUGGCAACAACAUGCUGAGCCUGCUGCAGCACUCACAGGCUGAGCUGCCCGUGUCUGACGUGGUGGACCCCCCACACAAGGGGCUCCAGGCUAUCACCUCCAGGCUCAGGCAAAAGCUGUCCGGAGAAUGGAAGCACCUCCGUAAAGCGUUCCGUAAAAUGGACGCCAAUGGCACCGGCUACCUGUCCCUGCCUGAGUUCCGGUCAGUGCUGAAACUGGCCAACGUGCUGAUGGACGAGGACGAGGUGUACCACGUGAUGGCCGAGUUUGACCGUGACCUCACGGGGCAGAUCAGCUACGAGAAGUUUCUGGAGGAGACCUUCAAGCCAGGGACCCGACACAACGGCAAACCCAAGUAAACACUCGGUCACGUGAUCGGCACGCCCAGCCAACCAAUCGCUGGCUUAGGGGUCACGUGAGGAACAUAUCCAACCACCACAUCUAGAGAUUAAGCUCUAUAAGUGUGAUCGUGAUUUAAAGUUAUUCAGUCGAUCCUUUGUAAAUUCAUCUUUAAACAACAUGGGUUUAGCGAGCUCAUUCAAAUUUUGUUUUUGUAACGAUAUGGUGUUUUUGUAAUGACAAUUUUUUUUACACAUUUCAAAUAUCAUAUGAUUAAACUGUGAUAUAUAUUUAUAUUUACUUGUAAUAUACAUUUACAUUUUUGUGAUAAAUAUUUUAACUUUUGUGACAUAUAUUUUAUGUGACACCCAUUAAAAUAUCAUGGCUUAAUUUUAAAAUGUGUGAUAAUUUUUGUGAUACAUUUUUUAUCUUUAGAUAUUUGUAAAUGCAGGUGCCCACAUAUUUAUUACAUUUUAAAACAAUACUUUGUUAUUCUGGCAUCAAUCUGUUUGUACAUAUUUUGUGUACAAAAAGCCUGAAGAUGUACACAAUGUGUCUGCUGGCUGUACACUGUAUGUACUGUGAUAUUUUUUUAUUGCAUUAUUUUAACAUGUACGUACAUUGACGUGUGAUCCAAUAAUUGAUGAAUGGUUUUUACCUAUGUAUUGUUCUACCUGUGUUAUUCAUGAUAAAUGAUCUUUGCCUUUUUAUUGAUCUAUCUUGAUUACUUUUUCCUGCCUUGCUCUACCGAUUAUCCUGUAUUUUAUACACCAGAAUGGUAUACAUUAUAGGCAAGUAUAGUGUAUAUGUAUGUCGUACCUGUAUGUCGUACCUGCAUGUUGUACCGAUAUUUUGUAUGUACUUAUAUGCUGUAUGUACCUGUAUGUUGUACCUGUAUGUUGUAUGUACCUGUAUUUUGUACCUGUAUGUUAUACCUGUAUGUUGUACCUGUAUGUUGUACCUAUGUGUUGUACCUGUAUGUUGUAUGUACAUGUAUGUUGUACCUGUAUUUUGUACCUGUAUGAUGUACCUGUAUGUUGUACCUGUAUGUUGUACAUGUAUGUUGUACCUGUAUGUUGUACCUGUAUGUUGUACCUGUAUGUUGUACCUGUAUGUUGUACCUGUAUGUUGUAUUUACAUGUAUAUUGUACCUGUAUGUUGUAUGUACCUGUAUGUUGUACCUGUAUGUUGUACCUGUAUGUUGUACCUGUAUGUUGUUCUGACAGCUAUGAUAGAUACCAGGGGGUGAACCUGUCUCAAGAUUUUUCCCGCCUCUGUUUAACACGUUACUCGCGAGUAAUUACAAGAUCCACCAAUCAACAAUUUAGGUUAAUUUAAUUAAUGGAUUCAGAAAAUAAAACAAACAAACGUAACUUGACAGUAGGAAAAAUGUAUCAGCUAACAUAGGCUGUAUGGACGGG